GUUCUGCUCGGAGCGUCUCCUCCGCCACAUCGUCGAGUACCGCAGAGGCGGCAGCUCCCGGAGAGCAGCCCGCACCAGAUCAGCGGGGAAACCGAGGAGGUUCGGGCGAAGAUUUGCUCAGACUCGGGUUCGGAUUUCCAACACCCAAGCCCGACCUAUGUAAAUACGCUGCGUCGCAGGCAAGAUGGGGAGGUUUGGAGUGAUUCUAGGAGCUUUGCAUUACCUGGGGCUCUACGUCCAACUCUCCGCUUCUUCACAAGCUCUCUUCACUGAGGUCCCUCACGAUAUCACCGCCAGAGCUGGGCAGGACGUGGAGAUGGCCUGCGCUUUCAGAGGUAGUGGCUCACCGUCAUACUCGCUGGAGAUUCAGUGGUGGUACAUCCGUAACUCAAAGGACUGGACUGACAAACAGACAUGGAAUUCCCAUCAGAUGAAAACUGCGGCUCAUGAGGAACCCACAAAGGAGGCAACGAAAAUAAGUGCUGUGAAGGUGGUUGGAAGCAACAUCUCUCACAAGUUGCGGUUGUCCCACAUAAAGAUUUCAGAUGAAGGUACUUAUGAAUGCAGAGUGACUGACCACAGUGAGGGAAAACCCAGGCAUCACAAAGUCAAAGCUUACCUGAAAGUCAAACAUGAGAUGCCGUUACAUGGAGUCUCCACUCACAUGCAGGACACCAAGAUUCAGGGAAACGAAGGGACCCACACGAGUCAUGUCGCUAAACCCUCAUCCCUUUCCACCAGCCCUCAGACAGUCCGGGCUAUAAAGGAUCGAGCUUUGGAUACUGACUGUGAACAGAACGAACAGUCUCUGGAUACUGAUCGCAUCCACUGUGUUUAGAAGAACUAGUAUUUGUGGAGAGUCAAGUGUUUGUAUAUUGUAUAAAAGGAGUGCAUGCACAGCUUCCUUGUGGGAAUAUUCUGGCAAAACAAAAUCUCUAAAACUACAAUUUAAAGGGGAAACCUCACUUUGACAUAUUUUCCUUAUUUGAUAUAUGUAUAUAUGAUUAUUGGAAGUAAAUUAAUGAUUUCCUUAUAUCUGCUUGGAUAUCAAUAUGUCCCAUAUAGAAACAUUUAUUUACCUAAUAAUUCAACAGAAUCAAACUCAGAUCAUCUUUUUACCGUGCAUUUAUCUGAAUGGUAUAAAACACCCACGAAGAGUUUUAAGGUCAAUCUACAAACCCCUGAUGAUUCCAGCUCAGUCUUGUCCCAUAUUUCUGUUCAAUUCUAAAGAAAAAUAAAACAUCUCUGUCUCCGUGUAAUGACACAGAAUGACCUCUACUGAAACCUUGAGCUAGUUUUACAAUGGCUAAUAAACAGCCACAUUAAAUGAAAUGCUACAAUUACCCUGUAUCCAAUAAAUCAAUUUUUAUAAUCCAAUGAUUUUAACACAUUUUCAAUCUAUAAAUAUAUCCCAGCGUAACUGAAAAUAAGUUCUCUAUGUUCCCUACUUUUUGUUAACUCAAUCUCAUUUAAUUAUUUUUACUUCACAAAAACACACAUUCCUUAUUUUAAUUUCAUUUAUAAAAAUGUUGUUACUUUAUCAAAAAUAAUAUUAAGUGGCUCCACUAGAGGCCGUAGUAACCACAUAUCCCAAAUUUUAGGCUUAUAUUUGUAAUGAAGGUACUGAAAAAUAUUAAGUCAUAAUUUAACAUUGUAUUUAGGAAUAAAGUGCAGCAAAAAUUUUUGAAUAGCACUCCAUGAAAGUCGUUGAAUAUGAUUAGCUCUUCUCUGUUUGGCUAAAGUACAAACUAUUUUGAUAAGUUUUAUGGGAAAAUACUGGUGUAAAAUCUCCUCUCUAUUCACACACUCUGGGAGCAAUUAGCAAUUGAAAUGUGUAUGUGUUGUGCAUUGUCAGUGUGCCCUAAGAGUUUGUGUAAACUCCUUCUGGAGUUAGUUGGAAAGACAAGCAAUUUGCUUUUGCUCUCUGAAUAAUUAUUCAUUUUGAUAAAAAUACAAAUGUCUGAUAAUAGUUUAUAGGCCACAUCUAAAUAUCUUAUAGGAAAUCUUGAUCAUCUGGUUAGAUGUUGUUCUUCAAUACUGCAUGGACCUGAAGGUCUCAUUGCUUUGAUGUGUCACUUGAUGGGACAUAAGCACAUUUGGUACUUUUCAAUAGAACAUAUUGCUGUAAAUAGCACUUCACUUUCUAAUUUUCCCUAGUAUUAUCUAAUUUAAUUUUAAAACAUUAAAGUACUGAAAUUCUUAAGUAAUGCUGUUAUAUUUGCAACAUCCUUUUAAAAAUCAUUUGCGACCAGUUUUCUUAAAAUCUGUAAUAAAAUAAGAAUCCGGGAACUGUGAGUUGUAAUCGUACAUAUAAAGCUGCCCAAUUAUCUGGAUCCCAUUUUCCCAUACAGGAUCUACAAGGAUAUAGGAGCUAGUUUGAAGACAAAACAGCAGGCUAAUUAUUCCUGUAAGCAAGCAUCAUGUGUGUUGUUAAUUCUGCAUUAAUGCCUGCUGUUCCAUCAGGAAUAUGAACUGGGCAGGAUGGAAAAUGGCUCCCAGCCUUGUGUCUGCAUUGUCUGUGAAUUGCUUUGUAAAGUCCUGGCGUGUAUUACAAAUGGUGCCAUGUCACACUUGGAACCCGUUUAAUGAGCAGCAAAGUGGGCCACUGCUCCAGUCUUUGCUGCCCAUUUAAUCAAUCAUACAAAUGGCCUGUCCAAACCCGAGCAGCUGGCAGCCUACACAGCAGAAAUCCCUUAAUGGGAGAGGAGAGGAUCCAGAUGGGUUGGGCCAUUGUACUCAAAUCAUAUUUUUAGAAGUAUUUCUUCAGUCACAGAGUAGCAUAUAACACAGCUACAACUGCUAAGCCUUUUCAUUACUGAAUUUUAAUUGAGCCUUUCUGUAAAAUGAUUUGCUGAAUGUGAUUAAUAAACAGAAGAA